AUGUGUAUGGUUAUAUUUGCUCCGAUUUUUGCCAUCUGUGCAUUUGCAACAUGUGGAGGAUACUAUGGUCAUCUCCAGGUUAAAGUGGACUGUGCAGACAGGAGGCAGAGUAACCUCAGCAUCAACAUUGAGUUUAGCUAUCCCUUCAGAUUAAAGGAAGUGCAUUUCAAGACUCCCUUGUGUGACACGAAAAGAGAUGAAAUUAUUUUCCUGGAUGGUGACUUUUCCUCAGCUGCUCAGUUUUUCCUGACUGUGGGUGUCUUUGCUUUCCUGUACUCUCUGCUGGCCACCAUCGUCUAUGUCUUCUACCAGAACAAGUACCUGAAGAACAACAGAGGCCCGCUUGUGGAUUUUGUUGUUACAAUCAUCUUCUCCUUCAUGUGGCUGGUCAGCAGUUGUUGUUGGGCCAAAACUCUGUCUGAUAUCAAGGCCGCCACAGACCCAACACACGUGCUUCUGCUCAUCUCAGCCUGCAGAGCUCAGGAGAACAAAUGCACGGCCACCCAGGAGCCUCACUGGUCACGACUUAAUACUUCUGCGGUUUUUGGUUUUGUAAAUGUUGUCCUCUGGGUUGGAAAUAUUUGGUUCGUCUUUAAAGAAACAGGCUGGUACAAGACAGGUCAGAGAUAUCCGACCAGGAGCGCCUCUGGGAAACGUGCCAGUGGAAUGCGACAGCGGCUCUACAGCGAGAGCAGCUUCGAGCAGCCCGAGGAAAGUUUUGGUCUACAGCCCUCCAGACAAAACAGUUUCAAUCAGCAGGUCAACAGACAAGUCAGCUUCAACCAGUCACAAGUAAGCUUGAGCUUACCGCACGCAUAUCUCGGCAAGCCGGUCAUUUCUGAGAGUAAAGGGGCUUCUCAAGCGCCGAUGAUAUUUGUCAACGAGAUGUGA